AUGUUGUCUUCACUGCUGGAGCUUCUCGACAAAGUUGAGGAUCGAUUUGAAAACAAGCCCCUCCUAGGCGAUUCUGGCGAACAGUCUGCCGAUGUCAAAAAGACUGUUAUGGAAACCGUCAUAGGAGAAAGAGACGAGUCACGCCAGAACUCUACACCUCUUGACCAGUAUCCAUAUUGGGGAUGCCAUUUGUCAGACUUCGCAUCUACCACGAUCCCAGCUUUCCGAACCAGCGACUCUCUGGAGCCAGUUUCUGCCACUGAAGAUACUUGCGAUCUUCAAUCAGUUGAAGUAUACGAACCAUGGGAGACCUCCUCUGGCUUCGCCGCUAGUGGCUUUCCAGAACACAUAGAGCCCUUGCCGUAUGUAACAGUAUUGGAUCCUACUGAUCAUCCCUAUGACAUCUUUAAACAAGGCUCUCUAUCACAAAUGGCCAGUCUAGAGAUUCAUGAAGAUUGGGGGCUUUUGGAUGACUGUUCUCUCGAUUUCCUGGGAGAGUAA